AAUGACUCCACCACCAUCAAAGCGAGCACGGAGUUUUAUGAUCAACAAUCUUCUUGAUCUGCAGCUUGGCGGCGGUGAUUUUUUAAAAUAUUUGGGGGAGGAAACUAAGAUAACCCGGAAAUUUAACCUUACCAAACUAUCAACUAAAUUUUUAAUACACGGUCUACCUGAUGAACCUGAGGGGCUUUUAAAAGAAAUUUUUCAAAAAUGUAUUGACCAGACCCUAGAAACGAGCCGUGAUCAUCAACUUGACCCUGACCAACUUGGCUGUACAGUGAGCAGUCAGUUACUAGAAACUGACAUUUGGAUCCCGAUCAGGGAUAUCAACAACAACACUGUAGACGCUAUACUUAACCAAUUCCUCAAGGUGGCCCAGUCCAAAAAACAGGAUCAAGGUAUGUUAUGGGGCGACCCAUUUAAUGUUUCAGUAACAACAAUCGACAGAAAGAAUCUCCCUUCUACACGUACAAUUCAAGGCAGCGGCAAAGAUUCGACAACACAACAUAAAAUUAAACAACAUAAUCUUAUUAAAAUUAUUAACUCCGACAACUAUUGCUUAUUUCGUUCAUUAUCUGCCACCUUUGUAUUUGCAACAUCUUCUUGGCCAAAAUGGAAAUUUUAUGACUACAUUCAUAGCAGAAGAGGCAUGACUCAUCAACUCGAGAAGGAUGCACUGGAAAUGAUGAACAAAAUUAAUGCUCCUUCUGGUCAACCUACUUAUGCUGCAAAUGAUUGGGUGCCAAAAGUUGUGGACUACUGGAAUUCUCUGAAUAAAGGUGGAUUUAAAGUUUUUAUUUUUGGAGAAUUGGGUAUAAAACCUAUUUUUAAAUAUGGGGCUGAAAAUUAUAAUACACCAAUUCUUCUUUAUUUUUCUAAUAAUCAUUUUGAUGGAGUAAGAAAGGCAGGUGAUUUAUUUGGUAAGCCUUACUGCCUUAAAUGUGAAAAGGUGUACCAUAGACAAAACGACCAUGCUACAUCUUGUUCUUCAAAGUGUCAGAACUGUUCAAGGAUUGGACCCGAUUACCCAUGUCAACAAUCAGACAACUUCUUCAAACAUUGUUCUGGUUGUGAUAAAGAAUUUAAUAAUGAAGGCUGCUACAAAUACCACCUAACAUCAAAUUUUUGCAACAACUCGAAGAGAUGUGAAAAGUGUGGAGUUAUAUGGAAUGUUGUUUUGAAUAAUAGGAAUGGACGUACUGGGCAUGUUUGUUCAGAACGUUACUGCAACACAUGUUUCAGCUACCACGACCCUAAAAGAGGAUGCUUUAUCAAACCUCUAACUCUCAACAAGUCAAAACCGUACCGGAUUAUCGCUUUUGACUUUGAAACCAUGCAGCACAAACAAGGAGAAAAAGGAAAACUACAUGAAGUCAAUUUCAUUUCAGCAAAAAUCAAUUGCCCUGCUUGUAUUGCUAACGGUUUGAGCAACAACAACUGUAAAAUUUGUGGAGAAAAUAAAACAAUUACAUUCUCCCAUCAGCCAUUCACCAAUACAACAGUUGAUCAACAGAACAUCACAAAUGAACCUCUGACAGAUUUUGCAACUUGGAUAAUCAAUACUUCAAUUGAUACAGUAGCCUUCUCACAUUUUGGUGGAAGAUAUGAUUAA